UUUAGGUGUCUGAUGAGAAAGUGUGUCCAAACAAACGGAAGUUGUCACGUUGUGCCACGUUGCAAAAAAACUAUGCUCAUCCGAAGCGUGCCUGUUGCUUCGCCUCCUCUCUCCUCGCCUCCUCCCUCCUCGCCUCCUCCGUUCUCACUUCCCGUGGGCGGGACCGAGACGCGAGGAGAGGAGACGAGGGAAAAAAAGGGUUGGCGAGGAGCUGCAAACUAGGCAAUAACAAAGUGGGCCAAAGCUCUCUAUGAACCACAUGCAGUUCAUAGUUCAAAGGGAUUUCUUUAGGAGCCCCCCCCCCUUACGUGGCCCCCAGACUUAAGAGUCGCCGAAGCGCCUUCCCUCGCGCACAUGCAGGGACACAUCGGAAGCCCCAGAAAGUUGUUUUUUUGAAGUUUUUAGUUGUUGUUUUUUUCAGUUUUAGAUAGCGAUGCACUUCCAAAUAAAGCACCUACUGCGCCCGAACCUCCGCGUCGCGGUGACGCGCACGGAGACGCCGCGGAGGACCGUCUGCGCGGCGCCACAACGUGGCGUGGGACCGGCGGGACCGCGUGCGUCCGCCGGCGCCGUCACCCUGCGGACCCGCAGGGGCUACGCGCGCGACGCGGCGGCGUACGGGCGAGCCUUCGCCUCCGCGAGGGACCAGCCCGAGACCUUCUGGGGGGAGGCGGCGCGCGACGUCGACUGGUUCGAGCCGUGGCGCCGCGCGUUGCACGCGCAGGACCCGGUGUUCCCCGACUGUGAUCAUUGUGUCCCCCGGUGUCCUUGCAGGUUGCGCUCGUUGUUCCUGGCGGGCGAGCGCUGCGACGUGGAGACGCUGGAAUGGGCGAAAAGCAGCUUCGGGGUUCCCGUACUGGAUCACUGGUGGCAGACUGAAACCGGCUCAGCCAUCACCUCCUCGUGCAUCGGUCUGGGCAACUCGCUCACGCCACCUGCAGGUCAGGCUGGCAAACCCGUGCCAGGCUACGAUGUCAAAGUGGUCGAUGACGACAUGCGGGAGGUGAGGCCGAGGACCCUGGGGAAUAUCGUGGUGAGACCGCCGUUGCCACCUGGUGCCGCGCUGUCGCUGUGGCAGAACCCGGAUCUGUACAAGGAGCUCUACUUCACAAAGUUCCCAGGUUACUACGACACCAUGGAUGCGGGUUUUGUGGACGAGGAGGGUUUCCUUUACAUCAUGUCCCGGUCUGAUGACGUCAUCAACGUGGCGGGCCACAGGCUGUCGGCCGGAGCGCUGGAAGAGUCAGUUUUGCAGCACCCUGCCAUCGGAGACUGCGCUGUGGUCGGUCUGGAGGACGCGCUGAAGGGUGUUGUUCCCUUGGCUCUGUGCGUGCUCAAGAAUGGUGUGCAGAAAACGGAGCAGGACAUCACGAAGGAGGUGGUGAAGCUGGUGAGGGACACCGUCGGGCCGGUGGCAGCCUUCAGGAAGGUGCUUUUUGUGCGAGCGCUGCCGAAAACGCGCUCGGGCAAGAUCCCCCGCUCGGCUUUGGCGAACCUCGUCAACGGCAAGCCGUAUAAGAUCACUCCAACCAUUGAGGACCCAGAAGUGUUCAAAGACAUCGAGAGGCACGCCGAAAAAGCGCUGCGAAAUCGGGGCGAUUGAGUCGCCCUGUCGGAUGAUCGGAUGAUGAAGAAAGCGAACCAAUGGGAACUCAAAGAAGUCCGUCCCCAGGAAGCCGCGCUUCCGUUCACAAUGAUGACAUCACGCGUCUACUACCUGCGUGUGAACCUGAAAAACUUGAAACUGUUUUGGAUUCAAGGCUUUUAUUACCAAUGAGCAGAGCCAUACACAUUUUUUAUCCAAUGACAAAUAAUUAAGACAAUUCACUGACAGUUUUUUUUUUUAUUGACAAUGAAAAUGUGCUUGCUCACCAUCAUUUACAAGUAAUAAAUAAAAUUUUUAAAAAA